GGAAGCUUAGCAAGAAUGGCGAUUGUGAGACCACUAGGUUCACCUAACGGCCACUGUACGGACCACAGCUACCUGCAAAGACCUUUUAAGGUGUACCACUACUCUCUCGGCCAUGCCCUUAAUGGGGCAAGAGCUUCUUCGGUAUGUUACGCUAUCAAGUUUCAAAAUUAUAGCACUUCGGUACAGUUCCAAGAAAACCCUUCUAAGAAAUCAGUUGUUAAACCUGGGUCUUCGGAUAAUCAGACUUUGAAUAGUGUUUCAUCGGCUAAUCAGUUGAUUAGGGAGUAUGUAGAUGGUGGGUUAUUUGAAAAUGCAAUAAGGGUUUAUCUUAGAAUAAUUGAAUGUGGUUUCCCAGCUGAGCAAUUUAGAUUCUUUCCGUGUUUGAUUAAGGCGUUUGGUGGACUUUCUGAUGUAGACAUGGUUAAACAAGUUCAUGGGCAUGUGUUGAAAUUAGGAGUUUUAGACGAUGUUUAUGUUGGGAACUCGCUUUUGAGUGUGUAUUGGAAAUGCGGUGCGGUCAAAGACGCAGCCCAAAUGUUCGACAAAAUGUGUGAGAGGGACUCAGUUUCGUGGAAUGCGAUGAUAUCAGGGUUUUGCCAAUCAGGAUAUUACAUGGGUUCAUUGUCAACUUUUAGCAGGAUGGUUUGGGAGUAUGGUGUAUACCCAAAUCGGGUAGCUUGCCUUUCAGCACUCUCUGCAUGUUCUUCUAUUGAAUCUUUGGUUCACGGGCAAGAGAUUCAUGGGUUUGUCAUGAAAAGUGGAUUGAGUGUUGAUGAGUUUUUAGUCAGUGGAUUGAUUGACAUGUACAUGAAAUGUGGGGAUAUAAGGACUGCAGAAUAUGUUUUCAAGGGAAUUCUUGAUAAGAAGUCAAGCAGAGGAAAUACGGUAAUAUGGAAUGUGAUGAUUUUGGGCUUUGUCUCUAAUGGGUGUUUGUUGCAGGCAUUGGAUUUUUUCCUUGGGAUGUUGGAAUGGGGGAUUAUACCAGAUACUUCUACUUUGGUGCCUGUUUUAGUUUUGUGUUCCCAGUUGUCAGAUUUAGAAGUAGGAAAGCAAACCCAUGGAAUCAUUGUCAGCUUUGGAAUGGAUAACGAUGUAAGAGUUGAAACAGCUCUUAUAGACAUGUACUUUAAAUGUGGUGAUCCUGAAACUGGUUUGAAAAUCUUCAGAAGGUCCCAAAAUCGUAACUUGGUCAUGUGGGGUGCAGUAAUCUCAAAUUGUGCUCAGAGUGGUUGUCCUGCUGAGGCGCUGGAAUUAUUCUAUACCUUCAUAUCAGAGCCUGGGUUUGCUGAUUCUGGAAUACUUCUGGCUGUGCUGCGAGCAUGUUCAUCAUUGACUAUUAAGCCAAGAGGCAUGGAAAUCCAUGGAUUAGCAAUAAAAACAGGGUUUAGUGAUGACGUUUUUAUUGGUACUGCCCUUGUUGAUUUGUAUGCAAAAUGCAGAGACAUGGAAUCUGCUCAAAAAGUUUUCCAUAGAUUACCAACAAGGGAUAUUGUCUUGUGGAAUUCUUUAAUAUCUGGUUAUAGCCAGAAUGAGCGCACGGAUGAAGCUUUGAAUGCUUUUCAUGAUAUGCAAUCUGAACGAGUUGCACCCAACAGUGUAACAGCUGCUUGUAUUCUCUCUGUAUGUGCUCAUUUGUCAGUCAUGAUCCUGUGUAAGGAGGUACAUUGUUACCUAUUACGGCGAGGGUUUGAGUCUAAUGUUCUUGUGAGCAAUUCUCUAAUAGCUGCCUAUGCUAAGUGUGGAGAUAUAUUUAGCUCAAGGACUGUAUUUGAGAAAAUGCUUGAAAGAAAUGAAGUAUCAUGGAACUCAAUUAUUUUAGGGUUGGGAAUGCAUGGCUAUACAGGUGAGAUGUUUGUUUUAUUCAAAAAGAUGAAAGAAAUAGGCAUGAAGCCCGACCUUGCAACUUUUACAGCUCUUCUUUCAGCAUGCAGCCAUGCAGGGAGGGUUGAUAUGGGAUGGAAAUAUUUCAAAAGCAUGGCUGAAGAUCACAAACUUAAUCCUCAACUCGAACACUAUACAUGCAUGGUUGAUCUUCUCGGUCGAGCUGGCCAUCUAAAGCAGGCAUAUGAUCUGAUUGUGGCUAUGCCUUGGGUCCCAGAUGAUCGCGUAUGGGGUUCAUUGCUUGCAUCAUGCAAAGCUCACGGCCGUGAAAAGCUGGCAGAACUUGUGGCUAACCACAUUUUCAAACUUGAUCCUACAUGUGUUGGUUACCGUGUCCUCCUUUCAAACAUAUAUGAAGGUUUUGGGAGAAAGAAUGAAGUUACUAGAGUUAGAUCAGAAAUAAAAGAUAUGAGACUCAAAAAGCAGCCUGGAUGCAGUUGGAUUGAAGUUGAUAACAAAAUUCAUAUAUUUAUUGCAGGUGAUAAUUCGCACCAUCAGUCAAAAGAAAUAUAUGGUGUAAUAGAAAAUUUAACUACAGAGAUGAAAAGGGCAGGAUAUAGCUCUCAAACACAAUAAGUUGUUGGACCUGAUGAGUCUAAUGCUGAAGGUAUAAAUUCUGUAAAAAAAAUGAUUUGCUAUUCUGGUUGUACAAAAUGUAGGUAUAUUAUUUCACCAAAGUGUGUUCAUAGUAAUGAACUGAUGCUUAAUGGCAAGACUGUUGCUGCUGCUAAACCUGCUAUCAGUAGUGCGACGUAGGCAUCAUGUCUUUAGUGAUUGAGGGAGAUUAUACCCGGUCAACAUGUGGAUGCAAGCGGGAGAAUAUUUCAGACACCUAUGUUGCUCUUGUUAACAAAUCUCGCUUCCCUUCUUCAAGAAUUUCCGGAGCUUAAGCAUGAUGUGCUGACAUUUCUUUCUACCGAGAUUCAUAAAUGGAACAGGAAAUCAGGGGUAGUCUUCCAGAUUUUCUGCUGUUAGGUGAUGGCUAUGUCAUCAUCUAAUCACCACCGGAAUGCUUCAUGAAGUUUUCCCAAUUCAGCAGGUAGGUGAUGCUUCAUCACAGCUUCUUUGAUGGUCGGUGAUGCCUUUGUAAUAAUGUACGGCAAGGUUAUAGAGGAGUCGAAGAAGCUUUUCUUAGCUAAAAGCUUAACGAAGUUGAAGUUAAAUGAAGUUUGAGAAUAGCUAAAACAACAGAUUCAUAAACAGAACAGGAAAUCAGAUUUUCUGCUGUUUUACGAUGGCUGUAUCAUUAUCUAAUCACGUCUGGGCUCGUUCAUGAUGUUUUCUUAAUUCAGAUGGUAAGUGAUGCUUCAUCACUAACCUCUUUGAUGGUCC